ACGUCAUCAUUUACCUAUACCCCCCCCCUCUCUCUGCGUCUCUCUUAUUCAUCUACAAAAACCAAACUCAAUAAAUCCUGUAAAAUUCUGUAUCUAUUUUUCUCCGAUUAACCGAUCGCUCCGCCGCUAAUUUGCGCUCAAUGACUCUACUCACUCCGCCGCCUCCUCCAAUCGACGCAGAGGACGAAGAGAUGCUUGUGCCUAAUGCCGAUUUUGUCCCAGAAGGCCCUCAACCCAUGGAAGUUGCUCCUGUGGAAGCGACAAAUGCAGUGGAUGCACCCGCAGUGGAGGAGACCCCAUCUGGACGGUUCACUUGGGCGAUUCCCGAAUUUUCAAAGUUGAACCUGAAGAAACAGUAUUCUGAAGUUUUUAAUGUGGGAGGAUACAAAUGGCGAGUACUUAUAUUUCCAAAAGGGAACAAUGUUGAUCACUUAUCAAUGUAUCUGGACGUUGCAGACUCCACCACAUUGCCUUAUAAUUGGAGCAGAUAUGCACAGUUCAGUUUGUCUAUAGUCAAUCAAAUACACAGCAAAUUCACAGUUAGGAAAGACACUCAACACCAGUUCAAUUCUAGAGAAAGUGAUUGGGGAUUCACUUCAUUCAUGCCUCUUAGUGAACUCUAUGACCCUGGCCGAGGUUAUCUUGUAAAUGAUACAUGUAUAGUUGAGGCUGAUGUUGCUGUUCGUAGAGUUGUUGAUUACUGGUCACAUGACUCAAAAAAAGAGACAGGUUUUGUUGGGCUAAAAAAUCAGGGUGCUACCUGUUAUAUGAACUCUCUCCUCCAGACAUUAUACCAUAUUCCUUAUUUUAGAAAGGCUGUAUACCACAUGCCGACUACAGAAAUUGAUAAUCCAUCCGCAAGCAUCCCAUUGGCUCUGCAGAGUUUAUUCUAUAAGUUGCAGUAUUGUGAUACCAGUGUAGCAACUAAGGAGUUGACGAAGUCUUUUGGUUGGGACACAUAUGAUUCUUUUAUGCAGCAUGAUGUUCAAGAACUGAACAGGGUUCUUUGUGAAAAACUGGAAGACAAAAUGAAAGGAACAGUAGUGGAGGGCACGAUACAGAAGUUAUUUGAGGGCCACCACAUGAAUUACUUAGAAUGUAUUAAUGUGGAUUACAAGUCUGCAAGAAAGGAAUCUUACUAUGAUCUGCAGCUUGAUGUCAAAGGCUGUAAGGAUAUUUAUGCUUCCUUUGACAAAUAUGUGGAAGUGGAACGUCUUGAAGGUGACAACAAGUAUCAUGCUGAACAAUACGGAUUGCAGGAUGCUAGGAAGGGUGUUCUUUUCAUUGACUUCCCUCCUGUUCUUCAGCUACAGUUGAAAAGAUUUGAAUAUGAUUUUGUUCGCGAUACUAUGGUUAAGAUAAAUGAUCGCUAUGAGUUUCCUUUGGAACUUGAUCUUGAUAGAGAGAAUGGCAAAUAUCUAUCUCCUGAUGCAGAUAGGAGUGUGCGCAACCUAUACACUCUUCAUAGUGUUCUGGUUCACAGUGGUGGAGUGCAUGGUGGGCAUUAUUAUGCUUAUAUCAGGCCAACCCUUUCUGAUAAGUGGUUCAAAUUUGAUGAUGAACGUGUAACCAAAGAAGACAUGAAGAGAGCAUUGGAAGAGCAAUAUGGUGGCGAAGAAGAGUUACCGCAGACGAAUCCUGGAUUCAACAACUCACCGUUCAAAUUUACCAAAUAUUCGAAUGCUUACAUGCUUGUUUAUAUACGUGAAAGUGACAAGGAGAAAAUAAUUUGCAAUGUUGAUGAGAAGGACAUAGCAGAACAUCUUAGGAUACGACUGAAGAAGGAGCAGGAAGAAAAGGAGCUAAAGAAAAAGGAGAAGGCCGAGGCUCACCUCUACACAAUUAUUAAGGUUGCUCGCGAUGCAGACCUUGUCGAACAGAUUGGAAAGGAGAUAUAUUUUGAUCUUGUGGAUCAUGACAAAGUUCGCAAUUUUCGCAUUCAGAAACAGCUGUCUUUUAAUACUUUUAAGGAAGAAGUAGCGAAGGAGUUUGGGAUACCUGUUCAGCUUCAACGCUUCUGGUUGUGGGCUAAGCGCCAGAAUCAUACUUACCGUCCAAAUCGUCCACUCACACCGCAGGAGGAAGCUCAAUCAGUUGGUCAAUUAAGAGAAGUAUCCAACAAAGCAAAUAAUGCUGAGCUAAAAUUAUUUCUGGAAGUAGCAUUUGGCGUGGACUUGAGGCCUAUCCCUCCACCAGAGAAGAUUAAGGAGGAUAUUCUUUUGUUUUUCAAACUUUAUGACCCGUUGAAAGAAGAAUUACGGUAUGUUGGACGGUUAUUUGUAAAAGGCAAGUCCAAGCCAAUGGAGAAUUUCGAAAAGCUUAAUGAAAUGGCGGGCUUUGCUCCUGAUGAAGAAAUUGAACUUUUUGAGGAAAUUAAGUACGAUCCUCACGUCAUGUGUGAACGCAUUGACAUGAAGCUUAGCUUUCGUGACAGUCAGCUCGAAGAUGGGGAUAUCAUUUGUUUCCAAAAAUCGUCUCAAGGUCAAAGCAGUGAAGAGUGCCGUUAUCCCACUGUCCCUGCAUUUUUGGACUACGUGCAUAAUCGCCAGAUGGUUCGUUUUCGUUCACUGGAGAAGGCCAAGGAAGACGAAUUUUCUCUGGAACUGUCAAAGCAGAACAACUAUGAUGAAGUUGUUCAAAGUGUUGCACGCCAUCUUGGCUUAGAGGAUCCCUCUAAAAUAAGGCUUACACCUCAUAACUGCUAUUCACAGCAACCAAAGCCUCAACCUAUUAAGUACCGAGGAGCAGAACGUCUUACGGACAUGCUUGUUCACUAUAAUCAGAUUUCGGAUAUAUUGUACUAUGAAGUGUUGGAUAUCCCUUUGCCGGAACUGCAAGGCCUUAAAACUCUAAAAAUUGCUUUCCAUCAUGCCACCAAGGACGAAGUUGUUAUUCAUACCAUCAGGUUACCAAAACAGAGUACUGUGGGGGAUGUCAUUAGUGAUCUCAAGACAAAGGUGGAGUUGUCUCACCCGGAUGCUGAACUAAGAUUACUGGAGGUUUUCUAUCAUAAGAUAUAUAAGAUCUUUCCGCUGCACGAAAAGAUUGAGAACAUAAAUGAUCAAUACUGGACAUUGCGUGCAGAAGAGAUUCCUGAAGAGGAGAAAAACCUUGGUGCUCUUGGCCGCUUGAUUCAUGUGUACCAUUUUAUGAAAGAUCCUGCUCAGAAUCAAGUUCAGGUUCAAAAUUUUGGGGAUCCCUUCUUCUUGGCCAUUCAUGAGGGUGAGACUUUGGAAGAGGUUAAAAUCCGUAUACAAAAGAAGUUGCGUGUUUCCGAUGAGGAGUUCUCCAAGUGGAAGUUCGCAUUUUUGUCUUUGGGUCGACCUGAAUAUCUUCAAGAUUCAGACAUCGUAUCUAGUCGUUUUCAGAAAAGAGACGUUUACGGUGCUUGGGAACAGUACCUCGGCCUGGAGCACUCUGAUAAUACUCCAAAACGGUCGUACGCAGCCAACCAGAAUCGGCACGCAUAUGAGAAACCUGUUCGAAUCUACAACUAAUACAUAUAUACUGGACUGCAUUGCAAGCUCCAGAAGCAGAGCACUAGUAUACAUCAGCAUUAACAGAGGUUUAGUUGAUGGCAAGCGAUUCAACGGCAUCAUGAUGUAGCCAGUCCAUAUUUCUUAAUCAGAGUUGAAGCAUUCAUACAUUAUACUGAACAGUUUUAGGGUAGCAUUUCCAUCUUGAUUUUCGUUGUAAUUAGAAAAAAAAAGCACCAAGGUUUUUGGGUGGGGAUGUAUAGAGGGGAUUUAUGGUAUAGCUAUUUGUGUGUUUUGACCUGUUCCUUUCCAUUUCGUUUCCGGAUUUUAUCAGACCUUAGUUGAAUAAUAUUUCUGGGAUCGAUGUACACUAUUUAGUUUUUAUUACUCUAGGUGUGGAGCUCUAACGGUUCAUUCUUGAUGUCGUUGCUUAGUUCCUAUUAUACUGUAUACAAAUUCUGUUGGCAUUGUUUUUUCAUGACAUUAUUAUGGAGAGUUGAAUUGAAU